ACUGUCUGCAGUCGUCCCAUUGCUCUCUCACCGUUCUCCGGUUUCCACAAUUAUUCCAACAAGGAUCGCGAACAGAUCUCCUCGAUACAGGACGCUCUCAUUUUUUUUUUUUCACUUCUGCAAUUGAAAAAAAAAAAAAAAAAUUUUUAUUAUACAAAAAAAAUUUUUUUUUUCUCCAUUCCCUACAAUGACAAGGAUACGAAAUUUAUUAUUAGUUACAAUUAUUAUAGUUUUGUGUGAUAUUACAAUUUCAAAACGUCAAUUCCGUUCAAAACGUUCUGGAAGGGAUUACGUUCUUCACAGUUGUACAGCAACCGCUAAUUUAGUGAGAAAAAAUAGAAAUCACGCGCUAACCGGUGAUAUUUUACGAAAUUCAUCAUCAAUUAUGGAAUUACCAUUUUCACUGCCAAAACGUAAUAAUCCUAUUAAAUUGGAAACAAUUCAUACGAGGGAUAAUAGAGGAAAAAUAAAAUCACCUUCUACUGAUAAACGUCUCUAUGGUCGAAGAAUAAUUCAUGACAAUAAUAAUAAUAAUUAUCAUCGAAAUGGUCUCGCGCAAUUAAAUAUCAAAGAUACUCCAUUGAAAACAAUUCGCAUAAAGUCACAUCAAAAAAAUCGUUCACCAAUUUUUAUGAUAAAAGAUCCACUACCAGAAUUAUUGGAACAUCAUAAUCCAGUGAGAAAAGUUAAAACUGCCUCUUCGAUUGUUGUUGUUCGUUCAUUACACUGAAAUAUGUACAUAAAAAAAAAGAAACAUCGAUAAAUUAAAUUUAUUUCCUUAACAAAA